AUGGCGGACACUGGUGCCGAGUCAACGUCGGUAUUGAAUGCAACAGGUGAAGACGUCGUAGGGGCUACAAAUGGCACCGGUCGAGUACCAGCAACCCCUGAAGGCAUGGUUGUUGCCUAUAGUAGUUUGGUUAUCAUGGCCCUGUUACCUAUCUUUGUCGGUUCUUUUCGAUCGGUAAAGCACCACAAAGAACAGAAGAUCUCUUUUCAGGAAUCUGGAGAGAAGCCAGAGACUAUGUCCAGUAAGGAUGCUGCCAUGUUUCCCAUCAUAGCUAGCUGUACUCUCUUUGGUAUAUACAUGAUUUUUAAGGUAUUCUCUAAAGAAUACAUCAAUUUACUGCUGACUGUCUAUUUCUUUGCUCUUGGUGUGUUGGCACUAGCACACAUAAACAGUCCUUGGAUAGCCAAGAUCAUUCCUAGUUCAUUUCCUAAUAAGGAAUAUCAUCUGAUUUUCACACAAGGAAAAGGAGACAAGAAAGAAGAAAUUGUAAAUUAUGAAUUUGACAGAAAAGACCUGAUCUGUCUGUUUGUGAGCUGCUUAAUUGGUUUAUGGUAUGGACUGAAAAAACAUUGGAUUGCCAACAACCUUUUUGGGCUGGCAUUUGCUGUGAAUGGUGUAGAGUUGCUAUCUUUGAAUCGGGUGAGCACAGGUUGUAUCCUGUUAAGUGGGCUCUUUCUCUAUGACAUCUUUUGGGUAUUUGGGACCAAUGUUAUGGUUACUGUGGCAAAAUCUUUUGAAGCACCAAUAAAAUUGGUGUUCCCACAAGAUUUACUUGAAAAAGGACUGGCUGCUGACAAUUUUGCCAUGCUUGGACUCGGAGAUGUUGUUAUUCCUGGAAUAUUUAUUGCAUUGCUGCUAAGAUUUGAUGUCAGUAUGAAAAAAGGCUCUAAAACUUAUUUCUAUUCAAGUUUCUUGGCCUAUUUCCUUGGAUUGGUUGCCACAAUCUUUGUUAUGCAUGUUUUUAAGCAUGCUCAGCCUGCAUUACUGUACCUGGUUCCAGCUUGUAUAGGGGUCCCUGUAAGUGUAGCCCUUCUGCGUGGAGAAGUCAAAGAGCUGUUUAGCUACGAAGACCACAGUGAAAAGACACCAGAUCCAGCUGUAUCAGCCAUCAGUGGCAGUGCUACAGGAGACAAGAAGGCUCAGUAG